UAUAAAAUUAGAGGCGGACCAAAUAUCAUCGUGAAAGCCUGUUUUUUUCAAUUAAUUAAAGUCGAUUGGUGGACCAAAUAUCAUCGUCAAAGCUUUUCUCAAUUAAUUGGAUUCGGUAGGCGGACAUGGGCAUCCCAAACGACCAGAGGCUUAGGAGUAUUAAAGACUCGGAUGGCUUUUGCCUUAAUGGUCUUUGCUCUUUAAAGUUCUGAAAUUAAAUGUACAAAAUCGCUUUUACAUCUUUGACUGAUCAGAAUUGCCGGGAAAUUUGAUGUCGAUGCCAUUUUUCAAAAGGUUUUGUAAUUUCCCUGUAACAAUUUGCAGCCAAGUUGCCGGGAAAACCAGCACCGCGCUUUAUGCUCCGUUCCUCAUGGAUUUUGGGGUUCCGAUUCACAAGAAAGCUCUAUUUUUCUCGUGCGAUUUCAACCACUUACGUCAAUGUUAUUCACCCUCAUUUGAUUAGGGUGAGGUCUCUGCAACCUUUGAAUCAAGCGUUUGCACAUACAAGUGAUCAAGGACUUGUUAGAAAGCACGUUUUAGGGUUUCGUUAUUUCAUGACAGCAACCUUGGAGCCUUCUGCAACUUCCAUUGAUGAUCUGUUGGCAUAUCUCCGUCAUGCGAUUGGUCUCAGGUCUCUGCAACUUGCGAGGCAAGCUCAUGCACUAGUUUGGAUUCUAGGCUUUGCCCAAAACCAGUUUAUAUCUGUAAAUCUCAUCACUGUUUACUCCACCUGUAACAAGUUAUCAGAUGCUCGACUGGUUUUUGAUACAAUUCAGUGGAAGAACAUUUUUUUGUGGAAUUCAAUUAUAAGUGCAUAUGUGAAGUAUACGGUUUGGGAUGAACCCCUCAUUUUGUAUGAUAAAUUGUUGAACUCUGAUGUGAGACCUGAUCAUUUCACUUUUUCAUCAGUGUUGAAAAUAUGCGCAGAGCUUUGUGAUUCCUUGAGGGGUGAAAAAAUUAGGGUUUUGAUGGAGAAAACUGGUUUUUGUUCAGAUGUUGUUGCUUUGAAUGCCCUAAUUGUAAUGUAUUGUAAGUGCGAGUGGUUGACUUUUGCUCGCAAGGUUUUUGAUGAAAUGCCUGAUAGAAAUAUAGCUUCUUGGAACGCCAUGAUUUCUGGGUAUGCAAAAUUAGGGUCAAUUAAUGAGGUCUGGGAGCUUGUUCGACAAAUGCAUUUAGAAAGAGUCAUAUUAGAUGGUGUUACGGUAGUUCAAUUACUUUCCCUGUGCAAUAACAAGAAUCUGGUGUUUCCAAUCCAUGCAGUCUUGUUAAGAAUUGGAUUGGAUUUGGAUUUUCAUAUUGGUAGUUGUUUGAUUGAUACAUAUGCAAAGCUUGGAAAGUUGGCAAUUUCAAGGAGAGUUCAUGAACUGAUGCAGUGCAGAAAUGUGGUCACUUGGACAUCCAUGGUUGCCGGUUAUGCUCAAAAUGGUUAUUCAUAUGAAGCUUUGGAGGUCUUUAGAGAGAUGCAAAGUAUAGAUACCAUAAAACCCAACAAAGUUUCUCUGGUAAGUGUCCUUCCUGCCUGUAUUCCUCUCGGUGAUUUGACUCUUUGUAAACAAAUUCAUGGCUUCUCCAUUAGAAAUCAAUGGAAUUCAGAAAUUUCUCUGAGUAAUUCUUUGAUCGAUGCCUACUCCAAACUUGGGUGUUUAGAUCAUGCUCGGUGUGUUUUUGAUGAUAUUUGCUAUGAACAUGAUGUUAUUUCUUGGAGUUCUAUGAUUGUUGGGUAUAGUUUAAAUGGUCUGGUAAAAGAGCCAAUGCUACUAUUUGAUGAGAUGAUACAACUGGGAAUUAAACCUGAUAAUAUUACUUUUGUGGGGAUUUUAUCUGCAUGUGCUAGAGCAAGAAUGAUUGAAAAAGGUAUGGAGUAUUACAACCUUAUGACCACAAAGUAUGGGAUGGUACCCACUAUGGAGGUCUGUUCUUGUGUUGUCGAUAUGCUUGGGAGGAAUGGGCAGCUCAAUCGCGCUCUGGAUUUCAUAAAGAGCAUGUCUAUUGAUGAGCCUGGUCCUAGUGUAUGGGGUGCUCUUUUUAGUGCAUCAUUGCUUCAUGAGAAUGUAGAGAUGGGGAAAUUGGCUUCUAAGUAUCUUUUGGAGUUAGAACCUCAAAAUCCUGCACAUUAUGUGUCUCUUUCCAAUGUCUAUGCAGCUUCUGGGAUAUGGGAUGGUGUAUCAGAAGUGAGGUUAGAGAUGAAAGAAAGGGGAUUGAGGAAGUUACCAGGUUAUAGUUGGAUUAUCGUUAAUAGUAAGGUUCAUUCUUUCUAUGUUUCAGAUAAGUCACAUCCAAGUUCCAGUCUGAUUUAUGCUGUACUGGAUAGGAUGAUUUUGGAGAUGAAGGGAGCUGGGUAUGCUCCUGAAAUCAAGUGCCUGAGUCAGGAUGCUUGUUGAUUCAAAUUAAUGUGUUGUUCAUUUUAGUAUAGUUAAUACCAUUUCAAAUA